AUGUGGAGGAUAGAUCUGUACCGACAUAUCGGCACUCUACUGGAUAGCAGGGCUGGAACGGAUGUGUCAUUCAUCAUCGAUGGCGAGACAUUCCACGCACAUCGGUCCGUGCUUGCCGCUCGCUCACCGGUCUUCAAAGCGGAGCUCCUUGGAUCCAUGGCUGAGACUACAAUGUCCUCAAUAACCCUUCAUGAGAUUGCUCCAGCAACAUUCAAACCCAUGCUUCAGUUCAUGUACACAGAUGCCUUACCUGAAGAUAACGAGCUUGGGAACUCUCCAACGGAGACGCUUCAGUACUUGCUUGUGGCGGCCGACCGGUAUGCCUUGGACCGGCUGAAGCUUUUCUGUGCCCAGAAGUUGUGGGACAUUGUGUCGGUGGAUACGGUUGCCACUAACAUAGUUUGCGCUGAAAUAUACAGCUGCCCGGAGUUGAAGCACAAGUGCAUUGACUUCUUUGCCGAGGAGAAGAAUUUCAUGAAGGCCGCGUUAACUGACGGUCUUGUGAAGUUUGUGCAGCAGUUCCCAUCUAUUAUUUCUGAGGUGCGAGAGAGGAUUGGGACAAGACAUGGCGGGAAGCAUAAUGUUCAGCAUUGUGUUCAGGCAGUCAAGCAUAGCUCAUUCAAGCAGUCAUGCGUAGCUCAGGUGUUCGGUUUCUUUGUUCUCAGGCCAUGUCCUGAACUUAGUUUAUGA